CUGGCGCGGCACCGGCGCUUCGUGCACCGGCUGGAGCGGCGGCACCGCUGCGGCGCCUGCGGCAAGAUGUUCAAGAAGUCGUCGCACCUGCGCAACCACGCCCGGACCCACACGGGCGAGCGGCCCUUCCCCUGCCGCGAGUGCGGCAAGAGCUUCAACUCGCAGGCCAACCUGCUGCGGCACCACCUGACGCACACCGGGGAGCGGCCCCACGAGUGCCCCGAGUGCCACAAGCGCUUCGCCCAGAACUCCACGCUGCGGCAGCACCUGCAGGUGCACCUGCGGCGCUUCCCGCACCGCUGCGCCGAGUGCGGGCUGCGCUUCCACCGGCCGCACCGCCUGCUGCUGCACCGCGCCCACCACACCGGGGAGUACCCCUACAAGUGCCCGCAGUGCGGCCGCAGCUUCCUGCUGCGGCGCCUGCUGGACGUGCACCUGCUGGGCCACGCCGGCCUCGAGCCGCAGCGCUGCCAGGGCUGCGGCGCCGCCUUCGCCGGCGCGGCCGCGCUGAGCGAGCACCGCUGCGCCAAGGCCGGCUGGAGGUUCGAGUGCGGCGUCUGCGGGAAGAAGGCGGGCACAGCGGCCAGGCUGCGGCAGCACGAGAGGACGCACGGGGCGGCCGGCGGAGAGGAGGAGGAGGAGGGAGGAGGAGGAGGAGGAGGAGGAGGAGGAGAAGUGAAGGCGGAGGAGGCCCCGCGGACGGCGCGGCGCGGCGCCAAGAACCUGGAGUGCGGCGAGUGCAAGAAGCUGUUCAGCACCGAGACGUCGCUGCAGGUGCACCGGCGCAUCCACACCGGCGAGCGGCCCUACCCCUGCCCCGACUGCGGCAAGGCCUUCCGGCAGUCCACCCACCUCAAGGACCACCGGCGGCUGCACACGGGCGAGCGGCCCUUCCGCUGCCAGGAGUGCGGCAAGAGCUUCGCCAUCGCCGUGCGGCUGGCCGAGCACCGGCGCAUCCACACCGGGGAGCGGCCCUACGGCUGCCAGGAGUGCGGCAAGGCCUACCGCUCCUUCUCCAACCUCUGGAAGCACCGCAAGAUGCACCGCGGCAAGGGCGGGGCCGAGGGCGAGGGGAAGGGAUGGAGGGACGGGGCGGGGGGCCUUGGGGUCCAUGGGGUCCAUGGGGUGGGGUCAGGAGCUUCCAGCGAGGUUCUGGUGGUGGGAUCGGGGGUUGGGAUCCCCCCGGAGACCCUCGGGGUGGGAUCGGGGGUUGGGAUCUCCCCAGAGACCCUCGGGGUGGGAUCGGGGGUUGGGAUCCUCCAGGAGACCCUCGGGGUGGGAUCGGGGGUUGGGAUCUCCCCAGAGACCCUCGGGGUGGGAUUGGGGUCCUCAGUCCAUGGGGUGGGAUCGGGGGUUGGGAUCCCCCAGGAGACCCUCGGGGUGGGCUCAGGGUCUGAGAUCCCCCAGGAGACCCUCAGGGUGGGAUCGGGGUCCUCAGUCCAUGGGGUGGGAUCGGGGGUUGGGAUCCCCCCGGAGACCCUCGGGGUGGGAUCGGGGUCCGAGGUCCACGGGGUGGGGUCAGGAGCUUCCAGCGAGGUUCUGGUGGUGGGACCGGGGGCUUCAGUCCAUGGGGAGACCCUCGGG